AUGACUCCCUUACCUCAAGCGCUGCCGGAUGUCAAACGCUUCAUCACCACCCACGACAACAAAGGAGCCGCGAUAUUCUCUACAGCAGUCUCAGAAGCAGUGCCCCAAACAUCAGUCCCGGGGGCAUACUUUUCCCUGGCGUAUGCAACCAACAGUCUACCGAUAUCCCUCCAAAAAGACGCGGACCUGUGCAUCUACGGCAACUACCUAAAGGAAAAUCCCGGCCUGGCCAUCUCGACAGGAUCAGUCUGCCGCGUGGUGGACAUCGGGCCUGGAGUGACAAGUGCAAUGCACCGCACCGUGUCGCUAAAUUACGGGGUUGUUCUUGAGGGAGAGGUAGAGUUGAUUCUUGAUAGUGGGGAGACUCGACGGAUGCAAAAGGGCGAUAUCGCGAUUCAGAGGGGAACUUGCCAUGCCUGGAAGAAUAUUACGAUGACUACAGGAGCUGAUGGUCGUGAGGGGCCCGGUUGGGCGCGCAUGCUUUAUGUUCUACUGCCGAUAGACCCGGUGGUGGUUGAUGGGAGCGGAGAGCUGGGAGAGUCUGUUCCCGGGAUGGGAGUCCAGCCUAGUACUUGA